AUGCCGCGCAAACCGUCGACGCCGCUUAAGGUGAAGAAGAACUUUUUGGGCGAAGUGAAAAUCCGACAGUCAUGGAACAAAUACAACCUCUACAACUUGGCACGGCAGAUGCCUUACACGGGAAAACCACAUAACUUUUUCAAACAGAAAUGGACAUCAAAGUCGUUGGCGCGUAAUUAUCAUGGCGAACACGUCCGUGAGAAGCAGUGGUUGCGAAUGUUCGACAGGAGGAUCCGAUCAGUGAUCCCUAUGGACGCAGAAUAUCUGGCUUCCAAUGAUGGCUCGCUGGAGUCUGCUGGUCGUGGAUCAGGGUUGGAGACAAGAGGAAAGCAAAAGACGACAACAGCGAUCCCGUACAUGCAAAUGACAUUUGCGCCGAUGGAGCGGAGAUUAGACACGGCCAUCUUCAGAGCUAUGUUCGCAAGUAGCGCUCGGCAAGCCAGGCAGUUUGUUGUACACGGAGCGGUGACGGUCAAUGGCAAGCAGAUGCGAUACCCGGGCUAUUUACUUAACCCUGGAGAUAUGUUUCAGGUUGAACCAGAACGAGUUAUGUGGGCGACUGGAGCACCCAAAAUCCCGACAAAGGUGAAGAGCGAAGAGGGGGCAGAUGAGGGGAACAGCGAAGAAGCAGCAGAAGCCGCCGAGGAAGGAAAGACCGCUGAAGAAGCGGCUGAAGACGACGUCGAUGUCGAUAGAGAUCCGCGAGAGGUACUGAAGGACCUACGAGCAAAAGCAAAGAGUAUCCUUGCCAUAUCGAAACGAGAUAUCGGAGCGAAGCGGAAGCAGGACCUUCGUGGAUUUUCCACCGCCAUCAAAAAGCUGCUCUCACGAUCCUCAUCGUCAUCAAUCCUCACGGACAGCCUCGAGGCUCAGUUUACGGAAAUCCAACACCAGCUAAAAAUCCGGAGAGAAAACCAAGAUACCGGCGCAAGCGCCCUGCCUUCUGCACAAGGGGAUAAGAAACCUUCUUCUGAACCAAGUCCAGAGACAGGAAAAGCGGCCGAAUCGACUACCCCCGAACUUGAGCAGGAGACAAUUCUGACUGACGCUGAUUACAACGAGCUCUACGCUGCACUGCGCUCCAUGCACGAGAACCCUGUUGAUGACUCCAAACCAUAUGCUACUCCCUGGAUGCCACGUGAAUACAUGAGUGCAUUUGCCUUCAUCCCACGGUUCCUCGAAGUCAAUCACAACAUCUGCGCGGCAGUAUAUCUGAGACACCCCGUUGCAAGGCCAGGAUUAGCCGAGGUCCCCAGCCCUUACCAAGCUGACGUCCAUAGCACGGCAUUUGCAUGGUAUCUGAGAAGGAGAUGA